AUGUUUGCGGCUGAUCGUCUGUUUGUUGUUCAUCAUCGUAUGACUGAGACAGAAGAUGCCACUCACAUUAUGACUGUACCUAUUUGGCAUAUUUUGAGGCCUCUGUUCAGUGGAGUCACCCCAGCCUUCAUGCCCCAUUAUCACUGUUAUCGCUAUGAGGACUACUUAGAGGAUAAUCGCAUUGCUCUAUGGAAACUCAUCAACGACAGCAUCCAGCAGCUUGUCCACUCCAUCGUCUGGACCGCCAAGCUAUCUGGCUAUAUGUGUGCAUGCCACAUCUCCACAUAUGCAGUAAUUCUCAGAACUACAGAUAAAUCUGUAUGGGCAAAUGAAUUUGAAUCAAUUGAAUUGACCUGUUUGAUCGAGUCCAUCUCAACCAACAAUCCCAGAAUCGAAUGGAAGAAAAUCAAAAAUGGAGUUCCAAGUUAUGUGUAUUUCCAGAACAAAAUUUCAGGUGAUUUGGAACACAGGGCUCUUCUGCGAGAACCUGCGAACCUUCUCAUUCUGAACGCAAGCCGAUCCGACACUGCACAGUAUCGCUGUGAGGUUGCCGCUAUCGAUGACCAGAAACCGUUUGAUGAAAUUUUAAUCAGUCUUGCUGUAAGAGUGAAACCGGUUGUGCCAAAGUGCAGCGUGCCAGAAUCCGUCACUGUGGGGUCAUCUACGGAACUGCGAUGUAUUGAGAAUGAAGGAUUUCCUCCAUCCCAGUACCAAUGGUUUCGCAACAAUGAGGAAUUACCAGAAGACCCAAAAAGUAGCCUCAAGUUCCUUAACUCCUCAUACGUUAUGAAUGUUGACACCGGCUCACUGAAAUUUAGAGUGGUGAAGAAAGAGGAUGCAGGGGAGUACUAUUGCCAAGCAAAGAAUGAAGCAGGGUAUGCUAAGUGCAAUGCACAGAAGAUGGAAGUCCAUGAUCUUGACAUUAUGGGAAUAUUCUUGAAAGUGUCAGCUGGGGUGGCUGCACUGGUUAUUGUAAUCAUGGGAAUCUGUCAUGUCCAAAAACGGGGUUACUGCUCCAGCAAGAGCCAAACAGGAAACAAUUACAAGAUUCCCCAGCGGGAUAAUAGAGAGGAUUACGUCAGUGCAGAUGAGGGACAUUUUCGCCACAAGUCUUCAUUUGUCAUCUGA